UCUCGGGGUCGCUUUCUGGGCUAAGCAACUUGGUCAGCAUCAGUGUUCUCGGGGUUUCGACAGCGUAUAGUGUGUUUGAAACGCUAAGUGCUUUUUUCCAGUUUUCUUCCCUUCUGAGCUAACAACAAAAACACAAACACCAUGGACGCCAUCAAGAAGAAGAUGCAAGCGAUGAAGCUUGAGAAGGAUAACGCCAUUGACAAGGCCGAUACCUGCGAGAACCAAGCUAAGGAUGCCAACUCCCGCGCCGACAAACUGAACGAGGAGGUGCGCGAUCUGGAGAAGAAGUUCGUCCAGGUUGAGGUCGAUCUCGUUACCGCCAAGGAACAGCUGGAGAAGGCCAACACCGAGCUGGAGGAGAAGGAGAAGCUCCUGACCGCCACCGAGUCGGAGGUAGCCACCCUUAACCGCAAGGUGCAGCAGAUUGAGGAGGAUCUGGAGAAGUCCGAGGAGCGCUCGACCACCGCCCAACAGAAGCUGCUGGAGGCCACCCAGUCGGCUGAUGAGAACAACCGCAUGUGCAAGGUGCUGGAGAACCGUUCCCAGCAGGAUGAGGAGCGCAUGGACCAGCUGACCAACCAGCUGAAGGAAGCCCGCAUGCUCGCUGAGGAUGCUGAUACCAAGUCCGACGAGGUCUCCCGCAAGCUGGCCUUCGUUGAAGACGAGUUGGAAGUGGCUGAGGAUCGCGUCCGCUCCGGCGAGUCCAAGAUCAUGGAGCUGGAGGAGGAGCUGAAGGUUGUCGGCAACUCCCUGAAGUCCCUGGAGGUCUCUGAGGAGAAGGCCAACCAGCGCGUUGAGGAGUUCAAGCGCGAGAUGAAGACCCUGUCCAUCAAGUUGAAGGAGGCCGAGCAGCGCGCCGAGCACGCCGAGAAGCAAGUGAAGCGCCUGCAGAAGGAGGUCGACAGGCUAGAGGACGAGUUGGGCAUCAACAAGGACAGGUACAAGUCUCUGGCCGACGAGAUGGACUCCACAUUCGCCGAGUUGGCUGGCUAUUAAGGUGGUCCACUAGUCCCAAAAACAACAACUUUUUCAACAACAACAACAACAACGAGCAGCAGCGGAGGAAGAAGAAAGAGAAGAAGAAGACGACGAGGAACUCUACUAAUUGUAAACGAAUAUCUCAGAAUGAUUUGGCCAGCAACCAAGAUCAAUGGCUGCCAAUAAGAUACCAAGAACAACAUCCAUUGUGUAUACAAUUCUUUAUAAAUCUAUAUAAUUUCUUAAUAAAUAAAUAACAACACCAACAAGAUCAACAACAGCAACAACAACCAAGCAUCCACAACCUUAAAAACUUUUUAGAUUUUCUAAAGAAUAAAAUUAAUCUAAAUGAAAACGUAGCAGAAUGUAAAAAAAAAUACAUAAACCCCAAAAUCGAAUUUUGUAUUUUUAAAGUAAAUGUUUAAAAAUAUUAAGAACCGGAAAGAGCGAGGCAAAAAUAGCGAGAGAUAGAGAGAAAUAAAGCGAGAGAGACAGAUGUGGAGAACAAGCCUGCUUAAAUUUGAAAUUAAAUCGUAAAAUUACACACAAACACAAAAAAAAAGAAAAUAAUCACAAAAAAAGUAUAAAAAUAUUUAUAAAAAAUUGCUAAAAAAAAAUUAUAUGUUUGAUGUUUGCUUUUAAUGAGAA